AUGUUUGUUCUGAGCCAGAUCGAGCACAACCUGCCGAUGCCUCCGCACUUGCUGAAUCGCCCUCUCGUCGACGCCAUCAAGGCCGAACUCGAGAGGCUCUUCCUGGAUAAGGUGGUUGUAAAUCUCGGGCUCUGCGUGUCUGUCUAUGACAUCCUUGCCGUUGAAGGUGGAUUCAUCUUUCCAGGAGAGGGCUGCUCGACGUAUAAAGUUUCCUUUAGGUUAUUGAUGUUCAGGCCCUUUAUUGGGGAGGUUCUUGUUGGGAAGAUCAGCGGAUAUGAUGAGAAGGGUUUACAAGUUUCACUUGAUUUUUUCACCGAUAUAUGCAUCCCGGGACAUUUGAUGCAGUUUGGCACAGUGAGGGGGGAAGAUGGUAGGUGGGCAUUGAAGACUGAAGAUGGUGAUGAACUUCAUCUUGACAUUGAUGAUGAGAUACGAUUCUUGGCGUCUAGCAUAAAAUACCCACCUAUACCAGUUGAGCAAAAGGAGGAUGACAAGCCAUUUGCUCCAAUGCAGAUCAAUGGAAGUAUUAAAGGAGAUGGUCUUGGCCUUCUUGCUUGGUGGGCGGCAGAAGAGGGCGAGGAAGAGGAAGAGGGUGAAGAAGAGGGUGAGGGAGAUGGUGAGGGCGAGGAAGAGCAAGAGCAAUAG